AUGACGAUGGGGAGAAAGCGAACCACUGCCGCCCUCGCACAAAAGUUGCCGGAAAACAUCAUCGUCGACAUUUUGUUCAAACUGCCGGCAAGAUCUCUGUCUCGCUUCAGGCUCUUGUCCCGUAAGUACCUCAGUCUCCUUCAAUCCCCUGAUUUUAUCACCGCCCACGCCCGCGAUUCUUGCCUCAAUCGUGCCGGCGUUCUCGUCCUCGCUGAAUCCAUCUCUGGUAAAAAAGAGGCUUUAUUCUUACCACCGGUGAUACCACCCGAUAAUAACAGCAAUGGAACCUCAAUCGAACCGGUGAAGAAGAACGGGUUUACGGACUUCCCCCUGCCAUUCCUCAAGGGUUAUAGCGAAUUCGGAGAGGAACCCAAGUUGAGAUAUGCCGGAUCCUUCAAUGGGUUAGUCUGUUUGAUCCACCAUCGAUGGGGAGAGUACUGGGUUCUGUGGAACCCGGCCACCUCCCAAUUCAGCUUCGCUCCCCCGCCGAUCUUGCCUCAGAGGGAUUGCUUCUGCAACGGCGCACGCCCCCACAGAGUCAUUGCUGGAUUUGGGUACGACUCUGCGGUUGGCGAUUACAAGUCGGUUAGGGUUUCCUGGUGGACAGAGGAUGGUGGUGGAGUUCAAGUUGAGGUUCUAAGUUGGGCUAAGAGGUCAUGGACAGAAAUUCAAGACAGGAGCUUGGACACCAUCCUCACUGUGAAACGGCAAGGAUCCUGGAGCUUUCAGAAUCUUCCCGUGGCAACCAGCAAUGGGGGAGUGUAUUGGAUGGACACGGGUACUGGUAUGGUGCUCUGCUUCAAACUACAUGAUGAGAAGUUGGAGUGGAUUUCGACUCCCGACGAUGCUGCUGCUGCAGCUUCAUGGUCUGUCCUGAGGACCAUUAAUGUCUGGAAAGGGUCACUGGCUAUGUUUGUACUGCCAGUACAAGACUCGUUACUUAGCGUUUGGUUGUUUGACGAAGGAGAGUCAUCCUGGUCUACUUUACUUACCAUUCCCUUGCAGGGUUCCCCGUGCAUACCCGAGGCCAUAUGGCGCGUCAAUGGCGAGAGGUUGUUCUUGCUCUAUGUCAACUGCAUUGCCUGUGAUUCCACCGGAGGAGCCAGAUUGAAGCUUCCAUUUCAUGUUAUUAGCAGAGCCUUUGAGUUUGCUGAGACCUUGGUUCCCAUCCCUGGCAGUUGA